CACACCGUAUUAACUUAACUGUGCAGGGCGUAUAAUACAACUCGACGAGAUAGAUGUAUUCUGGCGUAAGCUUGACUUGCUCCCGUGUAAACUGGUAGACGAGGAGGUCGAUAUUGUAGCAGAGCUCAAUAAUGUGCGGCAACAUUUAGAGGCGCAGUCCCCCGUUCAGCAAAAGAGUAUGCUUUCAAAGAUAAAAGCGGUCUUCACCCCGAAAUCGUCAACCAAGAAACCACCGAUCGUCCAGCAAAAUACUCGCGGUCGGCCUACAUCAAAGAAAGUACAAGAAAGGCUAGAUGAAGCUGCGAGGUUAGACGAAGCUGCGAGAUACAGCUCCUAUGGCGAGGACAGCAACGUAAUUACCGCUUCCCCCAAACAUAGGUACGAUUUACCCCGACACAGCUCAUACGUACCGUCAGAGGGCUCUCGUGGAACUGGUUCGUUUGUGAAGUCUGAAAAACCUAAAAUGCAACCAAACAGUUCAACAAGUUCUAAAAAGAAGGAGACGCGGGAUGAUAAGGUUUUUCCAUUAAUAAAGGGGGACGAGCACUUGUUAUGCAUUAAGAGGUUUAAGAAUCAAAUUCCAUCAGAGUUUCGCUCUUACAUAUCGCGUAUACAAGAUGUGACCCCAGACGGUCAUUGUGGGUACAGGUCUGUGGCUGUCGGGUUAGGUUUUACGGAACACGCAUGGCCCAAUAUUCGAAGAGAUUUACUACUGGAGAUUGACCAUAACAAACCGCGUUGGAAGCAUGUAUUCGAAACAUAUAACGAAGGAGACUUUAAACGAAUACGUAUUUGCACAAGAUGAUUUCCACUUCGAUCACUGCUCGAAACAAAAGCCGGGAGUGGUGUACGAGUGGUGACUUGUUCUUUUUAUAUUGCCUCUUAUACAAGAGGCCGUGCGCUCUCGCCUACGGGUUGGCGCAGUAUUUCGCCUCCGCGCAUCAUCGACAGGAGCGCGGAAUGCUAUUCGGCGGCGCCUACGUGACCAAGAUA